GACGUGCCUUAUCACACUGUCGAGAUGGUGUGUCCUGUCAUACCGGUUGAGAGUCCGCCGAAGCCAAGUCCUUACUCUCAAGAAGCAGCAGCUGUUUCUACAGCAGAAACCUCUCAGAUAAAUGAUUACAUGGGCUUGUCAAUUUUCACCUUACUUUUCUGCUGCCUUCCAAUUGGAAUAUUUGCUCUUAUAAACUCGGUCAAGGUGCGUGAGGCCAAACUCGUUGGCAAUCAAGCCAGGGCAUCUGAAGCGUCUACUGCGGCUCGACAUCUAAACUUCAGCGGUAUAGUUAUCGGUCUGUUUAUACUUCCCGUCAUUAUUGUGCUCAACGUCGUGAAAAUCAAGUCGUCCUAAUCUUGUGACUACCGAAACGCCUUGAAUCUUCUCGAUGAUAGAAACGAAUUACUUUUAAUUAUAUUAAGCGUUAGUUUAGAGCUCUAGAUGAUAUGCAUGAUGUUACAUGUUGCCCGAAUGUUUAUGAUAUUUCAUUGUACAGUCUAUUGCUGUGUUCGAAGCGGUAGCUUUUUAAUUAAA